AUCGAGAGGAUCACCCUUCAGACAUGAACAGGAGUUCCCAAGAAACAGGCAAGGUAGUGGUCGAUUUGACAAUAGGGGGCAGCACAGAAAUGAAAGAUCAAGACAGGACAGUGAGGGAAGGGCGCCCUCUGGUGGUUAUCAAAGCAGUGGCAGGAGUAGACAGAAUAGUGAAGGAAAAUCACCAUACAGAGAAAAGCCUUCAGAUCCAAGACAGGAGGGUCAAGAUAGCUCCAAUCCAAAGAGGGUGAGAAGUAGAGGAGGGGGAGGAGGCAGGGGACAGAACCAGGGUCACAGUGGAAGACAGGGAAAGAAGCAGGCUUUUAAAUUCAGCCCUCAUUGGUCAGUAGAGAAGGUGUCAGAAGGCCUGAAGAGAGGCGAGCUGAUUGAGGGACCAAUCAGAAUCAACCCCAGGAACUUCGAAGAUGCCUACCUGCCACACCCUGAUGGCAAGUCUGACGUGUAUAUCCAUGGCAUAAUGAACAGGAAUCGAGCUCUGAAUGGAGAUAUUGUGGCAGUAUUAUUGAAACCUAGGGAAGAAUGGAAGGUGCUAAUGGAGGAUGUGCAAGCAUUUGAGGAAAACAUGGUAGCUGAAAUGGAGGCACUCACUCUAGAGGCCGAUGUCAAUAACCACGACAACAAUGACAAUUACAUCGAUGAUGACAAUGACGAUGAUGAUGCAGACGUGGUAGUUGAGGAAGAGUACACAGAGGAAGAAGAUGAGGGGGAAGAUAAGAUACAAAAUGGGGCUGUUGGAAAUAACGAUACCAGUGCUGCCAUCUACAAUGAAAGUGAAAUACCAGAAUGUGAAAACUUGGAUGACACUAGACGGGAUGAUACAACCCCAGUCACAAAGGUUCUGGAAGAUACUCAGGAAAGCUGUUCUACCACAAGUAGUGAUGUAAAUCUUGGUGCUGCCACCUGUGUUCCUACCUCAGAGCCUUCCCAGGAUGCAGUGUUGACCCCCAGCAAAGAUGCUUCCAGUGCUGAUUUACAGAAGACUGCAACCAGUUCAGUCAAAAAGAAGGAAAAGUCUCAGAAGAAGGGUUCUCCCAGGUAUAAGCACACCACUCUGAAGCAGUUCACAGAUGGGAAAAGUCCAGCAGCCAAGGUUUUGUUCCAUGAAGGCAACUCGGAGGAGGAGGCCCAGGUUAACCACGACAAGUUUCUGCAGAGGAUGGGAACGGUUGUAUAUAUAAUAGAGAAGAAGCACAGCCGUGCUUCCACGGGUCACAUCAAACUGAUGCAGGACAGGAACAAGGACAAGGCUCUGUUCUCCCCCAUUGACCCUAGAGUGCCAAGAAUAUGUAUAGCUAUGACAGACUGCCCACAAGGGUUUUAUGAAAGACCUGAGGACUUUUCCAGAAGUUUAUUUGUAGCAAGGAUCACAGAGUGGGAUGAAGUGUCACAGUUUCCUAAGGGGUGAGUAUAGAGUGUUGUUGAUCACAGAGUGGGAUGAAGUAUCACAGUUUCCUAAGGGGUGAGU